GUGUACCCUUUUAACGAAGAGAAGAUUUUUUUAUGUGAACUAACAAGAUGGAGAAUACACUGGAUUCAAUUCAUCCAUCACAAAAUCCAGAGGAAGAAAUGUCGUAUCUAUUUGGCAGAGAUCCAAGUAUUUUGGCAUACAGCCAAAGACCUUUUCCUUCAAAGGAUGCAAAAAAGAACUUGCUUUCUUUAUAUGAAGUAGAGGAAGAUAACUCUACCAAUAAAAAUACAUCUGAACGUUCAGAGUCACAAACAUUACAAACUAUUAAAGUAUAUCUUAGACUUAAACCAUUCCCAAAGAAACUGAAGUUAACAGAAGAACAGCAAGAAGCAUACAAAAUCGCAAAUUCUACGACGUUGCUUACAAAAGUCCCGAUACUAGAUAAUAAUGGAAGUAUCAAACAGUCCAAAAGUGAGAUUGUAUGCCGGAGAUUUACCUUUUCACAAACAUUUGGGCCAGAGACUACUCAAUUGGAGUUAUUUGAGCAAACUGUACAACAGUUAAUGAUUGAUUUUUUAGCUGGACAAAAUUGUACUAUAAUGACAUACGGUACUACAAAUUCAGGAAAAUCGUAUACAUUGCAAGGGACCAGUACUUCACCUGGACUUAUACCACGAGCACUGGAGUUUGUGUUUAACAAUAUCACAACAAGACCAAAUCCAUUUUACAAACCUUUACAUUAUAGUGAUGUAAUUAAUCUUAACGCACUUGAACGUGCACAGGAACUUGAAGCAAAAACUAAAUUGCUAACAUUCAGUUCCAUGGAAAAACAUCAGUAUAUGAAUACUUACAAACAAAUGCAAAAAUUGCUACAAGAGGAAUCAAUUCGCCCUAGCCAAUGCUAUGAUGCUCAUUACUCUGUUUGGGUUUCAUUUGCAGAAAUCUAUAAUGAAAUUGUAUAUGAUUUAUUAUCAAGUGAAUGUCAGAAAAAAAGAGUGCCUUUAAAAUUAGGAGCAGAUUCUAAUGGCAGAGCAUUUAUUAAAGGUUUAAAGACUAUUUAUGUUAAUUCAGCAGCAGAAGCUUAUCAGAUCUUAAUGGCAGGGCAAUAUAAUUUAAAAGUAGCAGCAACAGCGUUAAAUGCAAAAAGUUCAAGGUCUCAUUGUAUAUUUACAAUUAUACUGUUAAAAUAUUAUGCAGAAAAUUUACCUGAUACAGUUGAAAUGAGCACGUUUUCCUUUUGCGAUCUAGCGGGUUCGGAACGUUUGAAGAAAACAUUAAAUAUAGGAGAUAGAUUGAAAGAAGCACAAAAUAUUAACACUAGUUUAUUAGUAUUAGGCAGAUGCUUGAAAUCCAUUCAUGAGGGACAAUUAACUAGAACGAAAACAGAUACAGUAGGACCAUUCAGAGAAUCUAAAUUAACCAGAUUAUUCCAACGAGCUCUAUCGGGAAAAGAGCAUCUAGCUUUGAUAGUUAAUGUCAAUCCUCUACCUAAUCUUUAUGUAGAGACUCAGAAUGUUUUAAAUUUCGCUGCUAUUGCAAAAAGAAUUGUUAUAGAAAGAAAGAAACGAAUACAGAAGCAAUCGAAAUCAAGAUUUUCGCAAAUAGUCACACAAAGUAUACAGACUGUGACUGAUUGGGAUAGUACAGAAUUGGGAACAGCGGAUUGGCAACCUACAAAUAGUGUGAAGGAGGAUGAUUCGGAAGAAUACAUUACUUCGGAAGAAUACAUGGAUCUUACAAAUGAAAAUGAAAAAUUGAAAAAGGAGAUUACUCUUUUAAAGAAUUCAGCUUUAAUUCGAGAUUUUCAAAGCCGACAAGAGAUGGCCGAAAAAUAUAUUAUGAUGAUAAACGAGCUUGAAGUUGAUUGGAAACAACGUAUAAAUGAUGUCGAGAUCCAACACGAAGAUGCCCUCGAAUGGACCGUGAAACAAGUUGAAGAAUUUUACAAGAGAAAGUUAAAUCAAUUGCAUAGUAAGAAAAGAAGACGCAGUGAAUGUACUGAUGAUAGAGAUGAAGAUGAUAUUAAUUUAACUAUUAAAGAACUAAUUAAAGAAAAUACACAAUUGAGAGAGAAGAAUGACACUUUAAAGAAAACAUUAACUGAACUGAAAGUAAUAAACGAAACUUUAAUUGUGGAAAAAAACAAAGCUUCUUUUGAGUUAGGACUGUCGAAGGAGGACUUAAAAAUUGCAAAAAAUCUUCUAGAAGCUGCUCAAGAAGAUAUUUGCUCUACUCAAAAUGGUAAAAUUUAUAUAAAGGAAGUGACAUCGCAAUUACUUAUUAAAGACGAACAAAUCAAAAAGCUCAAAGAAAUUCUUAAUGAAGCGAAAGAAGAGUACAUUGCAAUUACGUAUGAUUUGAAAAAGAAAGAACUUUGCAUUGAUGAACAAGCAAAAGUUAUGAUAGAAAAUGAAGAAAAAAUUGAAGAUUUAGAAUUACAUCUUGAAGAUGUUAAUGUUUGCUUGACGGAGAAAACGAGAAUAGUGGAACUUCUAGAAGAUAGACUUGAACAUCAAAACGAAAAUAAAAUUUUACAGUUACAAGAAGAAACUAAUAAAUUGAAGGAUGAAAAAUUAGCGUUAAUUAAGUCUUAUGAAGAAAAACUAAACUCCAAGACAUUUAUUAAAAAUAAAUAUCAAGAGAUUAUAAAAGAACUAAUUACUGAUGACACAUCAGAAGAUUCAAAUAUGAACGUAAGAAAAGAUAUGAAAGCAAAAAUAGAAAAUGCAAAAGUAUCUAUUAAUGAAAUUAAAGAAACUGAUUCAAAUAAUUUGAAUCCUACAGAAAAGAUACUUCCUAAACACAUAUUAGUGGACACAUGUUGCCAAUUAAAUAUAACAAAUGAUGAGGAUUAUAAUGACAUUAAAAAUAAGUUGGAAGAAAAUACUCAGCCUGCUGUAACAAUAACAACAUUAGAAGAUGUUCAAUCUAGUAGCAAAAUGUUGUUAAAAGAAGAAGCUGUUCAGACUGAUGAAAUUCUGGAUGACAGUCUAAAAUCAGAAUUGAAUGCAUUGAUGCAAAUUAAUGAUGUUCACGUACAAUACGAACAGAAAUGUUCGCAAGUUAAGGAGUUAACUGAAGAGCUAAACGAAAUGAAAAAGACAUUGCAGAUUAUAAGAGAGGAAAAUUGUUCAAAUAAAACUAUCAUAGAGGAAUAUAAAAAUUCUACGGAAGUACUUGAAAAGCAAUUAACACUCGCUGUGGAAGAAAAACAAAAGAUAGAAGAGAUUCUGCAGAACUCCGACAUGGCUUACAAACAAAAAAUUGCAAACUACGAAUGUAAAGUCGAUCAACUAGAAAAGGAUCUUUCAAUUGCAAAAGAUAAUACUCAACAGUAUUUGGAGAAACUGGAAACUGCUCAGAAAGAAUUAGAUAACUGUAUGUUAAAGUGUAAAGAAGAAAAGGAGAUAAAUGUAUGCAAAUCAGACGAAUUUAUUUCAAUAAAAAAAGAAGAUAAUACAAAUAAUAUGAAUGUAAAUCAGUUAGAUGAGUAUGUAGAAAAGAUAUCUCAAUUGGAAAAUAGUCUGGAAACUAUUGAGAAACUAAAGCAUGACAUCGAUGAAUUAAAUAAAAAUUUGGAAACUUGUCAAGUAGAGAAAAACAGUAUACAAGAAACACUUGAUGAGAAUAAUAAGACAUUGUUAAAACUUGAAAGUCAGUUGAAGGAAACCACUCUCAAGGAACAGGAAAAAGAUACUGAGAUCACAACUCUACAAAAGGAAUUAAAACAUAUGAUUCAGAAAAUUGAGAGGACUGACAAUGUGAUGGAAGCGGAAUUGAAAUGUGCUAUAAAUGAAUUGACGCAGACGAAAGAAACGCUUUUCCAGAAGGAGCAACAUAUAAAAGAGUUGAAAAUACAUUUAGAAAAUUUCGAGAAAAAUGCGAAGAUAUUUAAUUUACUCGAACAGAACGCGAAGGAGUGGCAGGUUGAAAAUGAACGGUUACGAAAUAUAAACAGCGAGCUAAGAAUUAGUUUAACACAGAAGGAACACGAGAUGGACGCAUUCAUGAAGAAUCGAGAUGAAACGGUGACCAAGUACGAAACUCUUGUUAAAAACCAACAGGAAGAUUUGGACAUGCAGAAGAGGGAGGUAAUGAGAUAUCAGGAAUUAUUCCGUCGGCAAUUCACGCCGACACCGAAUAAGGAUGAUUACAAAAAGUUACAGAAUCGUAUAGAAGUGCUUCAAGAUAGAUUACAGAAAUGCGAAAUUAAUACAAAGGCCAAAAACAAUUACGAUAGCACGUCGGAGGAAGAAAUUUCGGCUCGUCAAACCAAACGGCGAGGAAAGAAGACUGCCUCAUCUGUCAAGCAAGAAAAUAUACCGAUUAUUGAAUUGUCCGGAUCCGAAUCAAAGCGCAGCACGAGAAAUAUCACUUUACCACCGCCGGAAACGUCAACCGAGAAAAGAUGUACUCGUAGAAAGAAACUGUUCCUCGAGAAUGAUUCGUUUGCGGAUAUUGAACCUACUGCAACGCUUUUGCCAACUCGAAAUUUGCGGAAUCGGAAGAAAUGAGGAAAAUAUAUAAGAUAUUGUAAAUACUUUAUAUAUCGCGCGCGAGGAAACUUAAUAAUGGUUCUUGCAUACAGGGUGCGAUAAGCAACAAGUGAUAUCUAAUAAAAGCUCUACUUUUUCGCAUCUAACGAUAUAAAACAGAGCUCUCAUUGGAUGUCGCUCAUCACUCAUCGCGUCCAAUGUUCAAUAGGCAUAAAAGAUAUAAGAGUACAAAUGAAAAAA